GAAGAAUUUUCUAUCAACAUCUCGUCAAUUCUGUCCAGACUGGAGAGAGCAAGCAGAAUUUCCCUCAUGUAGCUGACAAAAAUCAGGCAGCCCAAUCCUCACCACGCCGGGUGGCACCUGGAGCCCUGAGAGCUUUCAGCUGGUUGCAGCCCAAAGGGGAGCGAAAGACGACGAGGCUCUGCCGCCACCUUUGCUUAGAAGCAACCGCGCACACACGCCUCACACUUUACGGCAGUUACGCGAAGGUACGGCAGCGAGGCCACGCCUCCCACUCCCGAAGGCACGCCCGGCAGCAGCACGUGUUCUCCGGUGCACUUUACGGCAGCCACGCGAAGGGACGACGGCGAGGCCACGCCUCCUGCGCCCCCGAACCCUAGUGCCAGAAGGCACGCUAGGCAGCAGCACGUGCUGUGUGGGGACGUUUACAGAUUUGCCGCUGCCUCUUGAAGGCGCGAGGCCCCGAACAGGGUUGGCUGUGGUUCCAGGCUCUACAUUCAGCUUGUUGUCGGUUGGCUCUUCAUCCGUUGGCGCUGCCCUGGCUCGGAGAUCAUGGCGGCGGUGGUGGCACUGUGGCGGAGGGCGCUGGAGACCUUGAAGACCAAGGAGUUCCGGGAUUACCUGGCCAGCACGCACUUCUGGGGCCCUGUGGCCAACUGGGGCCUCCCGCUGGCCGCCUUCAAGGACAUGAGGGCACCGCCGGACAUCAUCAGUGGCCGCAUGACAAUGGCACUCAUCUUCUACUCAAUGGCCUUCAUGCGCUUCGCCUACCGUGUACAGCCUCGCAACUUGCUUCUGAUGGCGUGUCAUGGCACCAACGUGGUGGCACAGAGUAUUCAGGGGAGCCGCUACCUGAUGCAUUACUACGGCAGUGGCGCCAUGGUGGCGACUGCCACCGCCACCACUGCUGCCUCUACUGGCUCUGUCGGCUCUAUCACCACUACCACCCCUGUGGUAGAUGACCUUGCGGCUGACUGCUACUGCCCGGAGGCAACCAGCUGUGAUCCGCUGACCCCAGAACAGGAUUGAGAGGACCCGACUGAAUCCUUGUUGUUUGCAAGCACUGAACUAUUCUUACUACAGAAAAGACCAACAAAAAGUUUGGUUUUGACUCUGAAAGACCGUGAAUCUGAUUUAAACCUGCAGUUUGGUUAAUAAUAAUAAAAAAAAAAGCAAAUAGAACUAAAGCUGUCAAGCGUUGUUUAUUUAUUUCGUGAUGGGGAAAUGUUUUUUAGAAAGUGAGGGUAGAUUGGCUAGUGCUUCCUCUUUGUGGCACCUGCAAUGUGAGGAAGGUUAGUUUAUGCAGGUGAGGAAGAUGGAAAGAAAGACACUUCAAAUUAUCUCAUUUAUUGUUUUGGCUUUCUUUCUUAGAGCUCUCUUGGGAACAUGUUUUGUUGUUGUUGUUACUUGUUUUGGAUGUCCAGGCCAAAUAAGGGUGCUUCGUUGAACGCGACUUUAAAAACUUGGUACAACCAGAAUCUCUUUACAUCAAAAAGUCCGGGGGCUAUUUCUGCUGAGGAAAAUACUUCCAAGUGGGUUUAAAUGAAUUAAGUGCAAUCCAGCUUAGACUUUUAAGGGGUACUUAGCAAGAGAACUUAGAAUCUCUUUGUGACCAAGAACAAUGAUAGAACCUUCAAUGGAAACAGGAUAUAUAACUCUGAGGUCGGUGGCUGUCAACCCUGGAUUCUAGGUAAAGAGAAAAAAAUGACAUGAUCAUAACCCUUUCCUUUUUUCCUCAUUCCUAAAAAUGGGGGAAAUGGCAGUUUGUAAAACUGGUGAGCCUGUCAUCCUGUGUUGCACACUAGCUAGGGGCGGGGGUGAGGGUCAGGGGUCAACCGUAUUAGCCCAGAGUAUUCCCCCCCUUAGGAAUCCUGUGGGUGCUAACAGAGUUUGCUUAAACCUGGGAGCAUGAGGUGGGAAAAGGGAAGGGUGGGGCUGUGAGUGUGAGGCCAUUACCUCUGCAGCAGGGGCUGCUCUCUAGGAUAUGACCCCAAGUACCCCCUGCCUCUGAAGAAUGUGGAAAGUUCCAGGGUGGUCUACUGGGGAACCCCAAAGUAUGUGUUUAAUAAGAGUGUUUAAACCCUGCUUUUGUUAAAGAUUUCAAAUGCAAAGAAAUUGAAAACAACUCUGAAAGUUUCUGACAACAGUAGGUUUUGGAUUAGACAGGCACAACAUUAGUGGAACUCUGGAAGAGUGCCCCUUUAUCUUCUGUGGCAUCUAGGCAGUAGUCCUCUUUGUAGGCAGUUUCUGUAAUUCCCAUUCUUCAUAUGGGAGGGAAAAACAAACUCUGGAAAAUGAUAGUGUAUUAGUUAUUUAUUGCCCUGUAACAAAUCACCCCCAAACUUAGCUUAAAACAACAAAUAUCUCACACAAUUUUGGUGGGUCAGGAAUCCGGGAUGGGGCUUAGUUGGGUGCUACUGGCUCAGGGUCCGUCAGCUGUCUGCUGGGGCUGCAGUGUCCGAAGACUUGCCUGGGGCUGGAGGAUCCACUUCCAACCUCCCAGAGUUGUUUAAAUGAGGCUUCAGUUCCUUGUCAUGUGGGCCAUAAGGCUGCUCACAACAUGGUUUCCCCCAGAGAAGGUGUUCCAAGAGAAAGCCCAGGAUGGAAGCCAUAGUCUUUUAUAGCUUAAUCUAGGAAGUGACAUAUCAUCACUUCAGCUAUGUUCUCUUGGUCAAAUGGACCAACCUUGGCAUGCUGUGGGAGGACAACGCAAUGGGGGGAAUGCCAGGAGGCAGGGAUCAAUUAGAAAACUUCAGUUUGGUUCCACCACAUCCUGACUACUGCAGUAUAGUUUUCUCUAUUCUUGCACUUUCCCCAUCCCCAUUCCGUUACUGUACAUAAAGUAACUGGUGUGUGUGCACAAGAAAAAGAAAAGAAAGAAAAAAAAAAAGGAUGUAGGAGCCAUCUUGGAGGCUGGCUACCACUGGUGGUUCUGAAAUAAAAAUUCUCAUGCCUUUCUGAAACUCAGUAGGGAGUAAUAAAUCAUGUAAGGUCAUUACUCACCUUCCCAAAGAGACGUCACAAAAUGCUCAGUUUACAGUUUUGUGGUCAUUACAAAUAUGCAUAUAUCACAGAGGAUGGGUUUAAGAAGCAGGAAAGAAGUCUCUGGAAGAUAGUGGUAGCUCCUAAUAUUUUAGAUAGUUCAGACUAUAAUGUAAUAAUAAAAAGCAGUUCUGAAAGUGCUGAAAUGAAUCAUAACCUUGUAUCAAGAUUUUUAUUAAAAUUGUAAAGGAUUCCCCCCUCACUCUUACACGAGUGGAAAUUAAUAUAAAUAUAUAUUUAGAUUUGUCUUACAAAAUGUAUUUUGUAAUUUGAGCAUUCUAUUUCGGUAAAAGGCCACUGUCUGUUGAAGACAUUUCAGAGCAGGUAGGUCUCUAAUUAACCUGGUAAGGGGAAAGGAGGUAAUCCCUGCUGAUAAUUUUCUGUCACUCUACAUUUAUAAUUUAGAAGGCAAAAUGAUUAGAGGAAAUAUCCAAAAGAUUGCAACACCUCCAUUCUAAUGCAGCGCUCCACUUACCGGAUAUAAUUGGUAGUAUUCCCACCCAGCUAAGAGCUCUAGCCCUUCGUUGCCUAGGAUAUUAGUGUUUCAAGCCAUAUAAGUGAUUAAUACUUUAAUAAAAAACGUACCUUUCAAAUCAUUAGGGUAAUAAUCAUUUCAUAAUCUCCCCAAACUCUCAAAAAUAAUCCUUUCUGGUCUUGGUAAUUUGACUUAAACUGUCUACGGGUCUCCACCACUACUUUAUGAAGCCAAUAACAUUUUCCGAAUUGGCAGAGCUACUUCUCCAGAAGUUUUCAUUCUUUGACAUACUUCUGUUACUUCUCAGAAUCGGGAUUUUAUACUGCGUUUAAUAAGUAACGUCUUUCGCUUUAGGUCCUCUGACUUUCCUGAAGCCCAGGCUAAAACCCAAAGCACUGCCUUAUCCUUGCAACUACAAAGCUACAGCCAUUUUCCCUCUCUAAUUCUUUCAAAAUGAUAAACCUCACAUUGUGUCCCAGGGAGAGGCCAGGGGCAAAUCACAUUGCUGCAUGAAAACAAGGCACUUGGAGAUGCACCAGCCCCGUGUGAGGGAAGGAAACUGCUUCCCGGGCCUCUCCUGCCCAGGACUACAGAGCAGUGCACCUGAAGGUGGAGCUGAAGCCCUCACCCCCGCCCCCCACAACAACAGAGGCUACAAUGUAUUCCAGGAAAUGUGACACACAAGUCUUGUGGUUUAAAUUUACAUGAUGCCCAUUAUUUUGAAAUUCAAAACGUUAGUGAAAACUUUUCAAGAUACAGGAGUGCAGGUUUGUUGUAAAAAUCUCACAUGGGAGUGUGCAGAGAAUAGAAGAGCCAAAUUCCACCCCAGUUGCUCUCACAGAGGUAACAUGGCAAAAAAGCUUGGGGAAAGCACAUAUUUCCAGACCUCUGUUGUUUGAAAAAAACCAGUGAGUUGUUAUGCUAUGCAUUGUUACACCUUCUGCUUUUCUAAGUACUGUGUCUUAGACCUAACUCCCUAUUACAGCAUCGCGGCAUCCCCUCCUUUUGCACAGUUGCAUAAUACUCAGUAGCAUGGAUGUGCUGGGAUCAUUGAACCAGUUCUCUCUUGACAGCUACCUGCCAAUGCUGCCGUGACCACCCUUUUGCGCAUGCCCUGUGCUCAUGUGCACAGACCUGCAGAAGAGAGGCCCACAGGUUGAUGUCCCUGGACUCUCUGUUUCCUUAAAGCCCUCUCUGGGCCUGUCUUCUUUUCUUUGUUUCAAUUUCAAUGUAAUUAAAUGUUGCCAGGAGAAUGUUUUCUGCAUAGUAUCUUUGAUUCAUCGGAGCAGACCAUCAAUCCAGUAAGAUGACAGCUCAUACACCACCAUCCAUACCUUACAAAUCCUCACAUUUGCAUCUCCUUAGGUACCUGGCACGUGGUUGACGCUUGAUAAAUGUUUUGGGGAUAGAUAAGGAAAAGCUAACUAUAUACAAGAGGUAUGAAAGGAAAGUGUUCCAAACCCAAAGUUCCUAAGGUGAGAAAUCAGAUCUUAAACCAAGAUUUAAUUUGAUCCCAAGUUUUGUUAUCUUCUAUCUAGAAGCUAGGAAAUAGUUCGUGAGGAUUCUUAGUUUGGGGGGAGCAAAAUGAAAGAAAAUUGGUACGCUACUGCUGAAAUCUUCUAACGGAACUUCAUGAAAUGAAAGGAGAAAGAAAAUGUAAGAUUAAAGACCAAAGAGUGUGGGAAAGAUGAAAGGAGUAAGUUACAGGCCAUUUGCAUUCAUCUAGGUGUUAUAGAUUUACAUCAAGUAAGUUUUAAUGUAAAAACAUACCAAAUAUAUGGCCCCCCUCCACCUGCCCAUUCUCUACAGAUCACAGAUCACAUCCUUGAUGGGCAGGGGCGUAAGCAAAGCAGCAUGGCUUUACUUGGGCUCGGAUCCAAAGCAUCUUCUCCAGGCAGUGGUGAAUGUGACGAUUCCGUCCCUGAGGGUCCAGGAGUGACAUGGCCUAGUUCAGGACCGCUGGCUUUGGAAAUGAGCAGACAUAGGGGAAGGCGAGCUUAAACGUGAUCCCACAGACCACUUCAAACAAUGGGACAGGGGGGUUCCCGUUCAGGAAACAAGCAGAACAAAAUCAAAAGUGGAUGACUUUUUGGGUAGGAGGAAGUAUGAAUGAAUUUGUAAAUUUUUUUUUUUUUUUUGUCUUUUUGCCUUUUCUAGGGCUGCACCCGCGGCAUAUGGAGGUUCCCAGGCUAGGGGUCUAAUCAGAGCUGUAGCCACUGGCCUACACCACAGCCACGCCAGAUACAAGCUGAGUCUGCAAUCUACACCAGAGCUCAGGACAACGCAGGAUCCUUAACUCACUGAGCGAGGCCAGGGAUCGAAUGUGCAACCUCAUGGUUCCUAGUCGGAUCUGUUAAUACUGAGCCACGACAGGAACUCCUGAAUUUGUAAGUUUUUUGAAAGAAAAUGAUGUCUUUGAACUUCCUUAAAAAUGUUAAAAUGUCAUUCUUCCAUCUCAUAACAAAGGACCAGGUUUAGUUAACAGUGUAACUAACAGUUAUACCUCUAAGCGAUCAACUGACUCUUCAGUCAACAAAUAUUCAUUGAGCACUUGAGGGCCUUGGGCUCUGCGCUCAGGACACAACAGGACAGAAACAACUGAUUGCCAUAGGAGUUGACUUUUCCUAAGGGUACAUAAAGAAGCCUGCAACUGUGGAACUUUCUAGAACAUCCCUGUGAUGGUGGCCUGUGUCCUGCUCCUUGUCCUACUGCCUCAGGCUACCAGAAAUAGGUAGUAAAAGUUCGGUAGUAAUUGGAAAUGGCUAGAAAAUGGACUUUCAGGCCAAUUCUUUCCUUGCCUUCUGGCAAAAAAAAAAAAA